GUCUCUCGCGUCCGUACCGUGAUCACACGUAACGCACCGCGCGCCCGGAAACAUGCUUAAACCGACCACGCGUCCGGAGGACUCCGCCGGUCACUAAAAAAAAAAAUCACCAAAAAAGCUCUUUUUAAAAAAUUGUUGUUAAAAAAAUUAAUAAAAAGCAAAAAAACUGUGCCUGUGUGGAUUUUUAAUUAAAAACAUCAAUCAUAGAGAAUUACUGAAACUUGAUCGUGACUGUGUGCUUUACUGAAAAAAAAAAAACGUGAAAUAACAGCUGAUACUCUGAAAUAUUCGUGAAGACAGUGAAGUGAAGAAGACAAUCGAAAUUGGAUUCUUUUUUCAGUUUUUUUAAUACACUUAGUACUUUCGCCGAAACGGUUGAUUUAUUUUCUUCUUUUGCCCUGGACAACUUAAGCGAACACCCUGGAACAUUUAAGGCCUGUGGUCGCGUCCAUCAACACCCUCAACGGAUUUUGUGAGAAUAUGGAGGCAACCUAUUGCGUCGGGAACGAUGUAGAUGUUUGCAGGAUGUUUGACCAAUAUUUAUACAAGAGAUCCGAAAACGUUGACCUAUCGCUCAGUAUUCCACAAUCCAAUUUUCAAACAAACAACGGCUACGAUAUGAGUGAUCAGACAUUUCACACUCCAAAUUUCGGAGAUGAAGAGUUUGACAUACCGGCCAUAAAUCCACAACAACAACACGGCCCCCCACCGGGGGAACAACACAAUAUGCCCAAUUACCAAUCUCAACAGCAAAUGAAUAUGUCACAAAUGAAUCAACAACAGGAAGGGAUGGGCAUGCAUGAUCCAACCGGUGGUUACCAACAGCCUCUUUACCUUUCCGGGCCGGAUCAUGGAAUGGUUAAUCCAUCAUACCACAGUCCACAACCUAAUUAUAAUAUGGCAAAUUCGAAUCAACCCCAACAACAACAACAACAACAACACAAUAAUCAGCAAUUAUUGAUGAUUCAACAACAGCAGCAGCAACAGCAGCAACAACAACAACAACAGCAUCAACAACAAAUGAUGAUGGGUCAUCCACCUGGAAAUAGGCCACAAUAUGGGGCGUCUCCUCAACAUCCUCAAGGUAGAGGGAAUAGUCCUCCUGCUGCUCCUGGUCAAGAACCUACAACUAGUGAAGAUAGUGAUGAUAGUACACCUCACCCUCCUGUGAUAACCGGCGUUAAGAGGCCGUCGCCCGAACCAGCCGAUGUCCAAUUGACGAAAGCCCAAAAGAAACCCAAGGUGCAAAAGAAAAAGAAGAAGAGGGAUCCUAAUGAACCUCAAAAGCCCGUAUCAGCUUAUGCCCUAUUUUUCCGUGAUACUCAAGCUGCCAUUAAAGGACAGAACCCAAAUGCCAGCUUUGGUGAAGUUUCCAAAAUUGUAGCAUCAAUGUGGGAUGGAUUGGAUUCAGAUCAUAAAAGUGUAUAUAAAAGGAAAACAGAAUUAGCAAAGAAAGAUUACUUAAAAGCAUUAGCUGCUUAUCGAGCAAGCUUAGUAUCAAAAGGUGCUGGGGAGAAUGAGCCAAUGUAUGGUAGUUACAGUAAUUAUAAUAAUUCCGGCGGGCCCCAAUAUGGAGGAUACUCACCGCAGGGUACGUUACCAUCACCUCCAAUGACAUCAGCACCUACGCCACCUUCUCAAUCAUUGGCGAAUAAAAAACCUAUGAUGAGUAGUAUGAACCAACAACAACAGCAACAUCAGAAUAUGAUUCAGUCCCCAAUGGGGCCAGUUCCGAGCCAUAUGUCAAUGCCUCCACAUAUGCAACAACAUGGAAAUACUUAUAUGCAACAGGCUUUCAGGUUCCCCAGCAACAACAAGUUCCCAUUGCUGCCCACAUGCAGCAGCAACAGCAGCAGCACGUCAGCCCUCCCCCCAUGGUGUCAAGUUCCCCCCCUGUUUCGGCCCCCGCUCCAACUGUUCCCGCCGCAGUACAGCAAACUGCUGAACAAGGACAAAUGCGACCCCCAAACUCUUGUAUACGCCAUGGAUGUCCCAAUCCAGCCAUAUCAAACUCAGAGUGGGAAGACGAAUAUUGUAGCAAUGAAUGCGUUGUCAGCCAUUGCCGAGAUGUAUUCACAAACUGGGUGGCAUCAAAUCAAAACCAAUCACAAACAUAUUCAACUGUUAAAUAAAUAAAUAGGUUUAGCCAAAACAAGUAAAUUUUAUAUUUCAUUGAAUAUUGUAGCAAUAUCUGAAGAGAAAAUAUUAUAUAAACACACAGAGAAAAGGGAAAAAACGAUUGUAUUUAAAAAUCAAUGUAAAGCGGCGAGUGAAAACAAUAAAGGCGAAGAAGUGACUAAUGAGCGCGAAAGAAAAGGAACAAAACUGGUGAAAUUUUUGGAGUGGAAAAUUUUAAAUCAAGACGUUGAUAUUGAGAUGAAAUAUGGAACAGAGAAAAAGGUAUUGUACAUAGAUAUGAAAUAAGCUAGGACCCCCGAAUAAAACCUGGAAAUAACGUGAAAAAGGUCGUAGCUAUAAAAAAAAAGUGACACUUGUAAUCUUAGCGUAACUAAAUUUGUUAACCAUGCUAAUGUACAUGCAUGUAACCUUCUUAAAAAGAAAAAAUCGAAAUUUACGUAGAAAUGUCCAAAAAAAAAUGAAUUAAAUCGACGACGAAAAAGUUUGUAAAAUAUUUUCUUUCUUUGAUUUCUAAGUAAUGGAAAUUAUUUUUUUUCUUUUUCAAACAAAAAUGUAUAACAUUUAAAUGUAAUAAAGAAGGGUUAUAUCUCUUAACUUCUCUACUAAGUAUCACCAAAGAUAAAAAAGAACAAUCAUAAAAGCGCACCGACUCGAAAUCGUUAGUUUUUAAAUAAUAAUCGUCAUUGUAUUUAGUUUUUAAUGUUAACGAUAACUUAUUCUUAUAUAAAUAAAUUUAAAAGAAAAGCAGCGUUUAAUAAAUGUGUAUACAAAAUCAAGACUUAUUAAUAAUUAAACAUACACAAAGAAAGACAAUUAUUUUAAAAUAUUUAUUGAAAAUCAUGUGGUUUGAUAAAAUGGUUCAUAAAAUGAAUAAGUAAAAAAAAAUGAUCUCAAAAAUUAAACAGUUUAUAUGUUAAUUUAGAAUACGCAGGGUGAUCUGGUUAAGUUUGCUAAUAAUUGUUUAAAUUAUUAUAUAACUUUUAAUAUGGAAAUUUAAUUUUAACUGAAACAUAUCAGUAUUGAGAGAAAUUAAUAAAUUAGUGUCGGGACAUUUCUUAAAUAAACCAGAAAUUUUUAAUAACAACCUCAAUUAUAACAGGAAAAAGUUAAAUUAAGGAAUAUUUUAUUAGAAAUAGUUCAAGCCACUAACUCUUCUUCUGUAUUAACAGGUCCUUAAACCAAUGACUUAAUAUGAUCCCAAACGCAAAAAUCAACUGUAGUCAUAAUAUUUGGUGAAUGUGCAGGUUAAAAAAUCGGGUUUUUAUUACCAUAUCUUUCUUUUUUUAUAUCGACUGUAUAAUUUCUUUCUGAACAAUCUGCCUCCACUCCACUCUAUCAAGUGCUUAACUUAUUACGCUUUUUUAUGUCGCUAUAUUUCUUCGUAUAUCUGGAUUGCUUACAAAUAUUUUCUAUACUUUCCUGGUUUUACUCAUUUUUAAGAUGUGUGUGAUUUUUUUCUUUGAGUUUUGGCAAACCUAACAAUGUUUUUUACUUCAACAAGGUUGUGUAAUUAUUUAUUAGCACGACGUAAAUAACGUAAACAGUUUUCUCGAUCAUUUCUCUAAAUUAGGAAUAGUUAAUCAUUCUGUGACACUGUAUAUGUAUGCCGAGGUGGAUGAUAUGACAACCCAAAGUCUAAAUUAGAUUCAUUGCAUUUUUUGAACUUCUUAUACAUUAUAUCCAGCAGAGAAAACUUUUAAUUUUUUGUAUUGUUCUGUUGAAUCGUUACUGCACAUAGAAUUCCAUCUGGUCUUCUGCAGGAUACAUCUCCAGUUAUCAAAAAGGUUACAAUCAACAAAACUGAAUUUUAGCCUAAAACUGAAUUUAAGGCGAUUAUUAAUCAUACAUACAUACAUUUAAAGCCACUCUAUUAUGUCAGAAAAAUGAAAGUAAUUCCAAAUAUGCCACGACUACAUGAUUUAUGCUUUUGAUCAUUCUUUGUGUGUACAUGCUAUUAGAUUUUCGCCAUAUAUGGGGCAAUCUCCACGCUGCCAAGCCAAAAGGGCAUAAACAACAUUUACUUGAUUUGUCAGGAAUCAUAUUCAAAUAGGCAUUUUAGUCAAAGAAAACCGUUGAAUGGUAUGGCGACCUUUUUUUUAUACCUAUUUUAUCAUCAUGUUGGGAAAGAUACUUAAACAGAUCACUCUGUAGAUCUGCCAUAAUUUUUAUUUUUAAAUCCAUCACAAUUAAUAAUCUAUUCAUAUAUUAAUAUCAAUGAAAUCACAUGAUUUUUAUAAUGGGAUCUAAAAAAAGAAUGAAAAUAAAGAUUUCUUAAAGGAAAAAUGGUUUGGUGAUAUUUAGAUAGGAAAUAAAACUAAACUGGUUUAAAAAAAAGACAAAAUAAUACCGUAAGAAAUGAAAAGAAAAUGAUAUAAAAAAAUGAAUCUGUAUUUUCGUAUGUUGUAGGUAACUGUCCUAAAUUAGUUUCUUUUUUCAUUUUGAAAAAUAAAUUGUUAUUGUAGAUAAUUAUUGAUCUAAUAGUGUAUUUAGCGUACAGUUAUUUUUAUAUCAUUGACCAAUCAAGUUACGCUUUUUUGUCGAUGUAUAUACGUAUAUAUAUUAAUAAAUUUGCAGUUGUUUAUUGUUAUUGAUGUAAGAGCAUCUGUUUUUUCGAAUGCGAAAACAUCUCUUAGUAUUUAAA